UCAUCGUCAUCCCCAGUAAACAGGGGGGCCAACAUGCGUAGGUAGCGCACCAAAUCCCGAAAAAUGAAUGCUCUUCUUCUCCAACACGUCGCUCUCCCCUCCCCCUCUCCUCCCCGCACCGCAACAACCCUUCCCGCGCCCAUUAUAAUCAUCACUCGAAACCCAAAACCCUUACGAGCCCAGGGCCGCGGCUUCGGCUCUGGCGCCGGCGCCGGCGCCGCGACGUCCGACCCGAAAAAGGGCGAGAUCAAGAUCAAAAGACAAGAUGAUGAUGAGGAGGAUGAUGAGAUACCGCAGGUGGUGUUCGACAGGAUGCUGCGGCGGAUAGCGGUGGCGGUGGGGGCGCCGAUGGCGGCGGGGGCGGGGACGGUGUGCGGGCUGGGGGCGCUGAAGAGUGGGGGCGGGUGGGCGGCGCCGGCGUGGGUGCCGUUCGUGGCGGCGCUCCUGGCGUUCGGCACCUCCGCCUUCGGGAUCGCGUACGGCACGCUCUCGGCCAGCUGGGAUCCGGAGCGGGAGGGCUCGCCGCUCGGCUGGGAGGAGGCGCGCACGAACUGGACCCAGCUCUGGAACGACCACGACCACGACGCCGAGAACAGGAGGAGAUCGUGAAUCGCGCGAAUCGUGCGUGUGUUUGUGUGUUGCGAAUUUGAU